UGCAGUAGAAACAUGAUAUGGUAAAGUAAAGUUAUAAAACAUGGAAGCGUACGUAAUAUAUUUAUUAUUACUUCUAACUGAUUUUGCAGUAGGUGAAAAUGCAGCAUCAGCAAUAAGAGAUAAAAAAUUACGUGAUCCAGGAGUGCUAAUAAAUAAAUUAAUGCCUCAAAAAGUGUACGUUGUACCUAAAGUAAAUCCAGUAGUAUCUAAAGUUAAAGUGAAUCCUGGGCAAGUCUAUAGAUCCGAUAAUAAACCAAAUACUGUUCCAAAAGUAAUGGCUCCUGUUGUUAAUCAGCAGAAAAAUAUAUCACCAAAUUUAAUUGCGAUGAAAGAUGCUAAACCAAUAAUUGCAGUAAAUCCAAAGCAAGAACCAGUCAAAGAAUUAAAGAAAACAGAAUCUGUUCAAAAUGAAAAUAAGAGUGAAAAUGUAAAAGAUAAUUUUAAACAAAAUUUGAAACCGAAAGAACCUCAAUUCAUUGAAGAAGUUGACGAUGAAGACAUUACAAAUACGGACACUAAGAAAACAGACCUAAACAUACCAUCAAAAGAGAAAGAACAGCAAGACAAAACAAAGAAACAAGAUAUGAAUACUGACCUUGAUGUUUCAAAAAUAACAAAUAUAAACACUGACCCUGAUCUUUCAAAAAUAACAAAAGAUAAUCCAAAAUCUAAUCAAGAAAAGCAGACUACUGGAAACCCUUCUAAGACCAUGCCUAUUGUGAAUGAAAUAGCUGCAAAACCAUUACCUGUAAAUGAAAAUAAAAACAAAGAAAUUACUGAGAAUAAGACACAGAUAGAAAUUAAUAUUGACUACAAACAGCAGUCAGGAAGGCGAGCGAAUAAUCCUGAUAAGUUUGGAACAGCACCAGAAGCACUUUAUAAUGAUGCUAAAUACGCAAUUCCUAUAACUAUUUACAAUUUUGAUGAUGUCUCAGGCAGCUAUUCUAAAUCUAGAGAUUAUGAAUCCGAAGCUUAUCCAACUGGGACAGAUUAUUCAACAUAUCAACAAACAAGUAAUGUAGUUAUAAAGAACCAAGAUGUAGAAGAAUUAUUCGAGAGUUCUCAAGAUGUCCCUAAUCCUUACGAACCAGAUCAACAGGAAUACUACAAUUACGAACCUUAUGAAACAAAUUAUUACCAAAACUAUUUGCCGAAAUACCAGAAUUUCAUCCCUUCAUCCCCAAAAGACAGAAUAUGGCGAAACUGGAAAACAACAGAAAUAUUCAUAUCGAAAUAUCAACCUGGAUUUAAUAAUAAUGAAUAUAAAAUUAAUGCAUUUACAACGCCUGUUAUGAAUGGUGAUAUGAGCUAUGACGCAUAUAAUAAUAUGCCGCCGUAUCAGUGUUAUGUAUACCCUACGUAUAAAUAUAUGUAGAUAUUUUAAUUAAAGAAAAUUAAGUUUUUAAUGUA